GAAAACCGUUUUCUCCUAUUAACUUUUGUUUGUACUGAGGACAUUAUGAGAAACCUAAAAUUACUGAGAACACGGGAGUGCCAGGCCAGCCAGGUUUUUGGAAGUCCACAGGGUUUCUCUCUCCGUGUGGACCGAGGGACAUUAUUAAUCAGCUCAGAGUAUGGAAUUGUGGAACUGGAUCCCCUCACUCAGGAGGUCACAAAUGAAAUUUCUCUGACAGCAGAAGGGUUUCUGCCAGAAGAUGGAAGUGGACGCAUUGUGGGAAUUGAGGAUUUGCCUGAUCAAGAAUCUGUGUGUGUGGCUACAGCCACUGGAGAUGUUAUCCUGUGCCACCUGAACACAAACCAGCUGGAGUGUGUCGGGAGUGUGGACAGUGGUCUAACAGUAAUGAGCUGGAGUCCAGACCAAGAGCUUGUUCUCCUGGCGACAGGUCAGCAGACACUCAUUUUGAUGACCAGGGAGUUUGAGCCGAUUAUGGAAAAUCAGAUUCACCAAGAUGACUUUGGAGAAGGGGAGUUUAUUACUGUUGGUUGGGGUAAAAAGGAGACCCAGUUCCAUGGAUCUGCAGGCAAGCAGGCAGCUCAUGCCAAGCCAGUGAAGGAGGAGGAGGUGGCGGCUGGGGCUCGGAAGAUCCGUGUGUGGAGCCGAGAAUUUGUUUUGCAGUCGACCAGCGAGCCUGUCCCUGGACUAGAGCAAGGCCUCGCUUGGAAGCCCUCUGGAAGCCUGGUGGCAUCCUCUCAAGAUAAAGCCAACAAGCACGACGUGGUGUUCUUUGAAAAAAACGGGCUCCUUCAUGGGGAUUUCACGCUUCCCUUUCAGAAAGGCCGAGUCAAGGUAAAUGAGCUACUCUGGAAUUCAGACUCUAUGGUAUUAGCCGUAUGGCUGGAAGACCUGAAGAAUGAGAUUAACUCACAACCAAAGACAUAUGUUCAACUGUGGACAACAGGAAACUAUCACUGGUACCUGAAGCAAAGCCUGCAUUUUGGCAGCUCAGAGGACAGCAGGAUCGUGUCCCUGGCCUGGGAUCCAGAGACUCCGUAUCGACUUCACAUCCUUUGUCACCAGUGGCUGUACCUCUGCUACGACUGGCAGUGGAGUACGGACCGCAGCACCGGGGAAGGGGCAAAUGACUCUGCUGGAGUGGCAGUCAUUGACGGAGACAAGGUGCUCUUGACCACUUUUCGGCAUGCUGUGAUCCGGCAUUCCUUGCAAUAUGGCUAUGGUGAUAAAGACUCCUCUACAGUUAAAAAUGGUGCCGUGGAUGGAAGUGGAUCUAAAGAUCCCAUUGGGGUCCCUCAGCUGGAAAAGUCCUACAGAAUCAACCUAAGCGCCAAGGAAGAGAGAAUCCCGCUGUGGUUGCGUCUGGUCACCUGGGUGCAAGAUGACCUGUUCCUCGCUGCUAGCCAGGGGCCUCUCCCAGGCCAUACAAGCAUUCACCAUCUGAAGCUCUCCUCUGCCGAAGAAGCCUGUGUUGUUACCAGCUCACCUGUGACUGUGGAUGGGGACAUCAUCAGCCUGUCUUGUAACCCGAAAACCAAGGUGGUAGCUCUGCAACUCUCCGAUGGUCGAGUAAUGAAGUACCUGUGGGCGUCUGAAACGCCAACUGUCGUCCCUUGGCUGAACAGCAGUGGUUCCGCUGUCCGCUUUCCCUCCCCAUGUAUGCAGGUUGUGCAGGCCGUGAUUGGCGGACAAGACACCAUCUUUGGCCUGACUGACAGAUGUCGUUUUUUCAUUAAUGAUGCUGAGGCUGCUUCAAAUGUCACAUCCUUCAUCAUACAUGAUGAGUUUCUGUUGGUGACCACCCAUUCUCACACCUGCCGGUGUUUGCCUCUGAAGAACACAUCCCUGAAAGCUCUGCAAGCGGCUUUGGGCAAUGCUUCCAUCCCCGACAACGAGACCCUGCGCAAGAUUGAAAGAGGAUCCCGGAUCAUCACGAUCGUGUCGCAGGAUACCAAGGUGAUAUUGCAGGUACCAAGAGGAAACUUGGAAACGAUUCAUCAUCGGGCCCUUGUCCUGGCCCAAGUUCGGAAGUGGCUGGACGGGAUUCAGUUUAAAGAAGCUUUUGAAUGUAUGAGGAAGCUGCGAAUCAAUCUGAAUCUCCUUUAUGACCACAAUCCAAAGGUCUUCCUGGACCAUGUGGAAACGUUCAUCAAACAAGUAGAUUCUGUAAAUUAUAUCAACUUGUUUCUCACAGAGCUGAAAGAAGAAGACUUCACAAAGACUAUGUACCCACCUCUAGAGCUCAGCGACGCCCCUGAGCGGCUCAAAUCUGAUGGGAAAAAGGUCGACCUCAUCUGCGAUGCAAUGAGAACAGCCAUGGAGAAGAUCAACGCUCCUAAGUACUGCUUAUCAAUACUGACCUCACAUGUGAAAAAGAGCCCCCCAGAACUCGGGACUGCUCUGCAGGGGAUUCGUGAGCUUCGAGAGCAAUCUUCUGAACAUACUGGAUCCAACAGUGUAGAAGAAGCAUUGAAAUACCUGCUGUACCUGGUAGAUGUUGGUGAAUUGUAUGAUCAUUCCCUGGGAACGUACGACUUUGAUUUAGUUCUCAUGGUUGCUGAGAAGUCUCAGAAGGAUCCUAAGGAAUAUCUCCCAUUUUUAAACCAGCUUAAGAAAAUGGAACACAAUUACCAGCGGUACUCUAUAGACAAACAUUUGAAGAGGUACCCAAAGGCUCUCGGUCACCUCAGUAAAUGUGGGCCCGAGCAUUUUCCAGAGCUCCUGAACCUGGUGAAGGAUCAGAGUUUAUAUAAAGAAGCCCUGAAGCUGUACCCACCCGACACUCAGGAGUUCAAGGCCAUCAGUGAUGCCUAUGGAGAGUAUUUGAUCCAGAAGCAUCUCGCUGAAGAAGCAGGGCUGAUCUUCUUCCGCUGCGGUGCGUUCCAGAAAGCCCUGGACGCCUUUCAGAUCAGUGGGAACUGGAAGCAGGUCCUGUGUGCGGCAGCUGAGCUUCAUUACACAGAAGACAAGCUGGCCAGUUUGGCAAGGACCAUAGCAGGGAAAUGCAUUGAGAAAAGAAAGUUUGGGGAUGCAGCAGUACUCCUGGAACAAUAUGCCAAGGAUUACGAAGAGGCCAUCCUCAUCCUCUUGGAAGGGACUGCCUGGGAGGAAGCACUGAGAUUAAUUUACAAAUACAACAGAGCGGACAUUGUGGAGACCAACGUCAAGCCAGCUCUGCUAGAAGCCCAAAGAAAUCAUUUGGCAUUCCUGGAAACUCAUAAAGUGACAUUUUCUCGCCACCAGAAGCGCCUCUCAGUCGUCCGGAAACUGAAGGAGCAAGCCCGAAACGAACUGCAGGAUCUGGAAGCCCCACACGGCCCUGAAUCAGACCUCUUUUCUGAUGCCAGCAGCAUGGUGACAGCCAGUGAAGCAAGUUCCAAAUAUUCUCACAGUAACUCAAGAAUAUCUGCACGUUCUUCAAAAAACCGUCGCAAGGCAGAACGCAAAAAACACAGCUUGAAGGAAGGGAGCCCCCUGGAAGACGUUGCCCUCCUGGAGGCUUUAGGGGAAAUCGUCCAGAGCAUCGACAGCUUAAAAGGUGAGGUGCACAGCCUUUUGAAGUAUCUGGUCCUCUUUGGCUAUGAUGGACAAGCCCAGGAGCUGCAGCAGGCAUUUCAGGAGACCCUUCACUCGGUGGAGCACUCCCUUCCUGAAAUCUGGAGUCCCGCGCUGCAACCGUUCCCAGCCAGCCCAGUUUUGGGCCCCAGCUCAACUGCCAAUAGCAUUACGGCUGCCUACAACCAACAGAAAUGGACGACUCCUGCAGUACAAGAUCCUGAACUCUUUAUACCUCCCAAACUCAACAGAAGCAUCCAGUGGAAACUGAGCCUUCUGCAAUAAUUCGAGCUACACAGCUGUUGAUGGAUUGUGAUGCAAUGAGGCAUGUCACAUGCACCAACCCCCACGUCACAAUUGGUUGUGAGUCCUGAAGACAGACAAAAAGCAAACAACUGUUGCUGCCAGGAUAUCUGAUUGUAGACUUUCUUAUUAUUAUUCCAUAGCACUCCUUGGAUGUAUUACCCGGAAUAAAUAGGUGCACCUCUUAAGGAUAUGUCCGGCAAGUUAAACCAACAGCUCCUUGACACUGUUCCAUUAUGUUGUUUCAGUACAACAUUUGGGCUAGUUAGUCCCUUUUUCCAUGCUGAGAAUAUAAAUUAAAAAAAUAUU